AUGAGGCUUUCGCUCUUUACCUCUGUUCUUGCCGGUCUGGCACAGGGCGCAUCGUCAGCAUUGCUGUCGUCGUUGUUACUCUCAUCGUCCAAUAUCACUGUCGACGUGAGUCAAACGUUUCAAACUAUCAGAGGCCUUGGCUAUUCAGAGGCAUUUCAGCGAGCGCAAUGGGUCUACAACACCAUGUCGUCUGUGCGCCAGCAGGAGAUGUUCGACUUACUUCAUGACCCAGUCACUGGAGCGGGACUCUCCAUCCUGCGUAUCGGCAUCGGCUCAUCACCCAACAAUACAGGCGACCAUAUGACCUCAAUUGAGCCAGUUUCACCAGGUCUGCCUGAAAAUUCUGCGUCAUAUGUUUGGGAUCGCAACGACAGUAGCCAGGUCUGGUGGGCAAAGGAGGUACAGAAGCGUGGCGUUAAUCUCUUCUAUGGUAACUCGUGGGGUGCAGAUUAUUACAUGAAGGACAAUAAUAGCACAGACAAUGGUGGCCAUCUCUGUGGUGUGAAUGGCACUGAUUGCGUAACUGGAGACUGGAGGCAGCAAUACGCUGAUAAGCUGGUACAGUGGGUCAAAUACUAUGCUGAAGAGGGCAUCAAUAUCACGCAUCUAGGGCCACUGAAUGAGCCUGACAUCUCUGUGCCAUAUGCUUCAAUGCAAGCGGAUGGCUAUCAGACUAGUGAUAUGUUGGCUGUCCUGAAGCCCGCAGUGGAAGAGGCCGGUUUGACCAGUGUCAAGAUUACAUGCUGUGACUGGGCAGGAUGGGAGAACGGACGAGGCAUUCUUGCUGAGAUGCAAGAGGCCGGAGGUGAGGCCUUUACAGAUGUGAUUUCCUCACAUGGCUAUGGUCAACCUCUCGGAGACCCGUUUGAUACCGAGAAGGAGGUCUGGCAAACAGAGUGGGCUGAAUUAUCGUCUUACUUCGACCAACCGUGGUAUUCGGUCGAGGGAGAUACUCGUGGUACUUAUGGUGGAGGUGAAGGUUUGACUUGGGCGAACCGGAUUCUACAGGGCUUCACGGUCGCUAAUGUCUCUGCCUUCAUCAACUGGAUGGGCGCACAGCCAUCAAACGCUGCAACGCCGUUGAUUCGGACGAUUAACGACACAAAUAUCGUCUCCAAGCGCUACUACGCUUAUGCUGCCUUCGGUCGUUAUGCGCGUCCGGGGUCUGAGAGAGUACAUGCCAGCUCUACAGUAUCGAACGUAACUGUUGCCGCUUUUACUGCCGCGGAAGGUUUCGCGGCAGGCGGUAAUCUGGCUUUGCAGAUCAUUAACAAUGCGGACGAGACAGCAGCGGUACCUGUAGUGGUUGACACCAUCAUGCAAAUCAAUAGCGCAACCGCAUAUUUAGUCAACAACGAUUAUGAUCUGGCAGAGGACGCGACACUGGUCGAGAUCGAAGGGACCAGUCUGGCAGUGACUGUUCCAGCGCGGUCUUUAGCGGUCCUUGUUGUCGAUGGUCAGUGGUAA